AUGGCUAUUCAGUCUAUUACUACAGCUGAAAAGGAAUCCGUAGCCAAAUUAAAGGCAAAGUUGGGCGAUAUCAAACAAGCAGCACAAGUUUCUGAGGGCUACAAGCUCUGGGAUAUUGCUCUUGACCAAGAUUCAACGGAUCCUAAACUUGAUGUCCUUUUAGUCAAAUUUAUCAGAGCCAGAGAAUCUGAUUUGGCUAAAGCUACUCAAAUGUUGACUGAUACUUUGAUUUGGAGAAAGGAUUUCGGGGCAGAUAACCUUUUGGACGAGGCCAUUGAUGAUAGUGUUCUAGGAUCAGUCAGUUACAUUUACAAGACAGACAAAGAGGGUCGCCCUGUCUGCUAUAAUUUCUACGGCGAUAUUGACCAAGAAAAGGUAUUUGGUGACAAGGAUAAAUUCAUUCGUUGGAGAGUUCAAGUCAUGGAAAGGGGCGUUCAGUUGAUUGAUUUUGAGAACACGGAUUCCAUGGUUGUUAUUCAUGAUUACAAAAACGCAUCUCUCUUUGGCCGUUCGAGCAAUGCCAAAGCAGCUACAAAGGAAAUCAUCAAGAUUAUGCAAGAUAAUUAUCCAGAAUUUUUGGCUACCAAACUCUUUGUCAAUGUACCCUAUUGGGGAGCAAUGAUUUUCAAGUUGGUUCGUCCAUUACUGUCUGAAGCAACUACCAAGAAAUUCGUGGUUUGCUCAAAUGACGAACUCUAUCAGUCAUUGACCAAUAUCAUUGAUGAAGCCAAUUUACCAAAGGCCUAUCAAAAGGCCGAUGGCACCAAGGAAAAGGAAGUUACAAUUGCUUCCAAGCAAGAACAAGAGAAGAUAGAAAAGGCUUCAUCUGCUGAUAUUACAACAUCUGAAGCAGCAGCAACAGCAAUAGCAGCAGCAGCCCCUGUUACUGACGUACCUGCCGGUCCUGAAUUAAAACUUACCGAAGAACCAAUUACAAAAGUUGAGCCUACCACGGCUGAUAAUAUCAUUUCUGAAGAUACUGAAGCUACCAAUGUCGCAGAUACUGCUGCUACCAACACAGCCGCCACAGCAACAAAUACUACUUCUUAA